GUGAUUUGCAUUAGGUGUGCACAGGAUCCCUCUGGCUGCAUGUUGGGCACAAAGUGUGGGGCAUGGACCCAGGGAGAGCAGCUGCAAGGCAGGACCCACAGGUGAUUCAAUCACUGAAGAGCCGGCGCACAGAGCCGUUCCUUAACACUCCCACGCCUUCAGCUUUUCCGGUAGCAGGCUCCGUGCUGAUCCCUGCACAGUCCUAGGAAAUCCUUAGGACAGCCCUGUUGGCUGCAAUCCCUGUGUUAUGGUUGAGGAAAACGAGGCUCAGGGCGGCGGCUUCUGGGCAGCAGGAUGAGCAUUUGUCACUAGCCCCUGACCUUAGGCCUGUGGAGGAGGCAGAGCCUGCCUACCGACCCUUGUCUUUGCAUUUGCACCUGCCCAGGUGAAGGGAGCCCACUGCGCAUGCGCCUGGACUAAUUAAAGCGCCCGGCGCGGGUCCCGCCCUUCCUGAAAGCGCCGGCUCGGCUUGGCGCGCUGCCUCGGCCCGAGGAUGCUGAGUCCUAAUGCCUCCCUCGAUUCAGAGCUUCCGAGCGCCCCAGUCCUCGACGGGGACACCAGUGUCUCCCCGGGACGCCCCGAGAGGCUGUGCGCGCCGCCGGGGCUGGAGGAGGCCCUGAGCUCGCUGGGGCUGGAGGGGGAACGCGAGUACGCUGGGGACAUCUUCGCUGAAGUCAUGGUGUGCCACGCGCUGCCCCGGAGACCCCUGCCCCGCCCAGUGACUCCAGAGAUGCGUGCGCUAGUGGUGGACUGGCUGGUCCAGGUGCACGAGUACUUGUGCCUGGCAGGAGACACACUUUACCUGGCGGUGCACCUGCUCGAUUCCUACCUGCGUGCCGGCAGAGUGCGCCUUCACCGCCUGCAGCUGCUGGGCAUGGCCUGCCUGUUCCUGGCGUGCAAGAUGGAAGAGUGCGUGCUUCCCGAGCCUGCCUCCCUCUGCCUUCUGAGUGCCGGCUCCUUCUCGAGGGCAGAGCUGCUGCGCGCAGAGCGCCGCAUCCUGAGCCGCUUGGAUUUCCGACUGCACUAUCCUGGGCCCUUGCUGUGCCUGGAGCUGCUCACCGCGCUGGCCGGGAGUGGCCCCCAGGUGAUGCUGCUGGCCACCUAUUUCCUGGAGCUGUCCUUACUGGAGGCUGAGGCUGCGGGAUGGGAGCCUGGUCGUCGCGCAGCUGCGGCGCUGAACCUGGCGCAACGCAUGCUCGACGGAGCGGGCUCCAGGCCCAAGCCAAUGCUUUACAGCUCCGCGGAGCUGGACCCCCUCGAGCGGUGCAUGGUCCGCGCCUCUCUGCGGGGCCCGGCGCCAGGCCGCGCCGCGGUCUUCCUCAAGUACGCGCGGCCCCAGCGCCAGGGCACCAGCCUCGCCGCCGCCCUCCUGCUCCGGCGCCCCCAGCCUGGGCCUCCUUGAGCGCCACGACCCACCCAGAAAACAAACGCAAACUCUCACUGUGUGUUCGUCCCCACCUUAAUAAAAGAGUCUCUUUUAUUCUGAG